UCGUACAAUUCAACCUUUAAAUUUCUCCCCUAGCUCGAUCGAACUAGUAUAUAUAAAACAGAGAGAUUCAUUCUUUGGAUUCAGAUGAUCAGUUUAAUUCGUUAAUUUGCAUUCCUUCGUCCGUUGAUUGAUCGCUCAAUGGCUGUGUAGCGAGGAGGGAUCGAUAUGGAGGAGGACAAGAGCCAAAAGAGGCCUCGUGAGGCUUUUGAUCUCAACGAGGAUGUCCGUAGCGAGGACGAUAUCGAGGAGGAGGACGAAAGGGAAGGGAGCAGCGAGAGAGGCACGAAGGUGAGGCAGUACGUGCGGUCCAAGCUGCCGAGGUUGCGGUGGACGUCGGAUCUCCACCUCGCCUUCGUCCACGCCGUCGACAGGCUCGGCGGCCAAGAAAGAGCCACCCCAAAGUUGGUGCUUCAGCUGAUGAACGUGAGGGGGCUGAGCAUUGCUCAUGUAAAGAGCCACCUACAGAUGUAUCGGAGCAAGAAGCAGGAUGGCUUAGGUCGCGAGAAGUCCACCAUUUCUUCAGCUAUGCAGCCCAUGGAUCUGCUGCUGAGAACACAACGUCUCCACGAGAUGUUCUACCCGCGAACAACGAGCUCAUUGCGGCCCUCGGGAUUCGACGACAGCCGGAGCAUUCAUCAUCAAAGUAAUCGUCACCGCAUUGGCGACGGUCUUCAUCACCGACCGCAGGAGCAGUUACAAGGGUUAAUCAUACAACAUAUAUAUGAUCAUCAUUUUCCAUUAGGAUGUAGUCUAAAUUCUCCACCUUUGGUUUUUGUAACAAACAGACAGCAAGAUUGCCGUUGGGAGAAAGGGGUUGUUCCCACCGGCAUCGGUACUCCAUUCACCAAUAGUCCUUCUGCCCAAUAUCCGACGCGCGAACCUGAAUCUCAAAGCGCAUUUCGUCUCGAGGUCGAUCCAAGUGACGCGAAGAAGAGGAGGACGAGUGCGAUGGCGGAUCCGAUUUUGAAUCUGGAGAAGGGGCAGGAAGAUCACGAAGAUGCGGCGGCUAGUUUGCUGUCGCUUACGCUUACCCCCUCGAGCGCUUCAUCGAUGGCCGGUGGGCAGGAAAAGGCACUAGAGGGGAACGGCAGUGAAGUUGUUAGGGAUAGGAGGGACAAGGCCGCUUUGGGGAUGAGUACUUUAGAUCUGACCAUGUCAAUCUAGGCAUCGGAGUCAGAUCUUUCAAGUACUUGCUUCCAGGUCUUACGAGAUUAUAUUUGGUUGUGAAUUGUAA